CUUCUUAAACAUCUUAAACUUUCAUCAAACACUAUUAAAAAUAUGCACUGUUUGCAAUUAUUUUAUCUAAGGAUGGGUUUUUACAGAUCUAUAAGGUCACCAAAGAGAACAACCACCAAAAAGUCUAUAGGCGGAAAGAAGGACGAAGAAUAUUGGAAUUUUGUAAAAACCUGGAAAUCUUUCGGACACAUUCAGUACCAGAUAAUAUCAGAGUAAAAUCGAGAGUUCAGGAUUUGAUUGUACACAUUCCAAUCGCCAACACUGUUUAUUUUAAAUAUAACAGUUCUUUUCUUUCUUAUUUUACUCCUAUUGUGAAUAUUGACUACUGUGAAUGCUGCAAUACACUUAUUGUGAAUACCAAGAGAGCAAGCUGCCAAAUUGACAGCUAGGGAGCUGUAGAAGAAAAAAAUAAAACAAAAUACUACCAGACUACGGACAGACACACUUGUAUUGUAAAAGAAACGAAGGAAAAAAUAAUGAAAUUUUAACUUAAAUUUAAAAUUAUUAAAACAAAUCAAACAUUUUUAAUGGAAACAACAGGUGACCAAUUAAUCCUAGCCACUGGUGGCUAUGAUCACACCAUUAAAUUAUGGCAGGCACAUACCGGCAAUUGUAUACGCACGCUGCGUUUUGUGGAGACAUCGCAAGUAAAUGCACUGGAUCGCACACCGGACAAAACCCGUUUAGCGGCAUGUGGGUAUCAGUGCAUACGUCUGUAUGAUUUGGAAUCCACAACUAACGUGCCUGUCAUCAACUUUGAAAGUGUUCAGAAGAACGUCACACGCUUGGGUUUCCAAGAAGAUGGCAACUGGAUGUUUACCGCUGGCGAAGAUCAUCGUGUACGCAUAUGGGAUAUGUUGUCCGCCUCACCACAUUGUUCACGGGUGUUCGAUUGUCAAGCACCCGUAAAUGCCGCCUGUUUGCAUCCUAAUCAGGUGGAAAUUGCUAUGGGUGCUCAAAAUGGUGGUGUCUAUUUGUGGGAUGUCAAGUCCGAAGUCCACGAACAGUUAAUACCCGAAGUGGAUGCGUCCAUACAAGAUGUGGCCAUUUCACCUGAUGGUCAGUAUAUGGCUGCUGUUAACAAUAAAGGCAAUUGUUAUAUUUGGUCGCUAAGUUCCUCGCCAAAUCAAAAACUCACCACCUUACAUCCGAAACUGAAAAUAGCUGCUCACAAACGCUACGUUUUGCGUUGUAAAUUUAGUCCCGAUUCUAGGCUUCUAGUGACUACAUCCGGAGAUGGUACGGCACGCAUAUGGAAAACAGAUGAUUUCACUAUGUGGCGUGAACUGUCAAUCGAUAAUUAUUGGGUGUGGGAUGCGGCUUUUAGUGCUGAUUCAAAAUACCUCUUUACUGCCUCCAGUGAUGGUAUUGCACGUCUUUGGAAGUUGGAAACAAAAAAUCCCGAACGUAAAUAUACUGGCCAUACUAAAGCUAUUACUGCUUUGUCCUUUAAAGAUGAAAUUGUUACUGAAUAACAUCAAGCAUUAACGUGGCGUGACAAUUGGGGCCGUACCAGACGUAGGUCUGCCUUCAAUAAACCACCGUGGAUGUGUGGUGCAUUUUGUACGUUUGUGGGUCGUAAGUUAUCGAUAUAAGUUGGGUGGAACAUAAAUACAUCAAUUCUUUUUCUGCUUUAUUUUACUGCUAGUAACCGAAAAAAUAACUAUAUUUUAUUUCUUUUUAAAUUUUGUUUUCUUUUAAUUGUUUUUUUUUUUAACUUUUAAUUAAGACUUUUUUCUAUAUGAAUAAUUUUUUAUAUAUAAAAAGAAAAAAUAAGAAGAAACCAAUGAC